AUUUCAAAGUUCCUCUGUAAUUUGAAUUCCUCAAAAAAGUUAAGAGCAAAAUUAACUAGCCCGAUAGCAAAAUCCACUAACCCUGGCCUAUCGGACACUACUUUCUUUGCACGCUGCCUUUUGUUAAGUUUGUUUUUGUAAAGUUUUCUAUUUUGAAUGCAAGCACGGCUACCUUUUGUUACCUGUGGUCAGUGGGCUUUGUUAAAAAGUUGGUUAAUUGUGUUUCCGUUAGACGACUUUAUAAACGAAGUAGACAUUGCGAUUUUUGACGGUGGACACCAAUUCUUAGGCAUUCCUGUUGUACUUGUAAUUUUAAUUGUACAGUCUCCGGUUGUUUAA